ACGGGUGCCUGCGGAUUUAUGGAGACAGAUGCAGUGCGGGGAGAAGCCUGCUUGAAGCCAGCCUUGAGCCAGCCUCAGACUGCUCGCAGAGUCUCUCUCUCCCUCCCGGGCUCCUCGCAUGUCGCGCGGUCUGCUCUGCCAGGCGCAUCCUUGAUUCUCCCAUUCCUUACAUUCGCUUUCUACAGGCGUUCGCACCUAGCCUACGCUGGACGAGGCUAGAAUUAUGGCAACACCUGAGCACCCGGAAUCACGACCACAGGCGGGCCCGCUUCCGGCUAAGAGGGGGGAGAUUGGCUAUGAAGAUGGUGUGCAUGGCCCCGCACAGCAGGAGCAAGCAGGCGAGGGUUCUGGUACGGCAGAGGUGUCCACUCCGUUGCCCGAGAGGCAUCCGGCGGAUACGCCCUUGCCUUCAGCCACACCACAACCAGACCCGUCUACGCCCACCGCCUCCACCCACAAUGCCUCUUCUGCGGAAAGCCCAUCCACCGCCAAUCCACCAAAUACAUCUGCCCCUUUGAACCCGUCUGAUAGCACUGGCCGAAAGCUCACCUCAUUCCUCAGCUGCAAGCGCAUCCCUACCUUCCGGGGCAUGCGCGCCACGACCCUGUCCCUCUUCGUCUUCCAACUUGGAGUCCUCAGCGGCACUAUCGCAGGAUGGAUCGUCCUCGUCCAGCGCAUGCAGGCCGCCCAGACCUCUGACCAGCGAUCCGGCCAAGAUUCGUCGGGCGGCAUGUCGAUGGGCUCCGCACUCAUCUUCGUGUACGUCGCCUUUGCGAUGCUUACGCUCCUACAGGUCGUCUUCCUCGAGCGAUGUAUCUUCCGACUGCGCGCCGAACGCUACGGCUCUAUGCACCCCGGCGAGAUCCUCCCUACCCAUCGCAACCGCGGACAACCGCGGCAUCCAGGCAUCGCCUUCGCGCCAUGGAACCGCCCCCCACUCCCCACGUACGCGGCGACGCUCGCGCAGAGCGGCGUCGGCACGGGCGACGUCGAGGACAACAUCAUCGCGCAGGCGCCUCCGCCCGCGUACGGCGAACACCGCUCUAGCCAGCUACUCCUCCGCGGCGAGAUCCCCGAGCAGCUCCGCGAAGAACGGCUCCCCGAGAGUGGGAGCGUACGCAGCUCGAUAAUGUCGUGGCUGAACAUCCGGCGCAUCAGCGUGCGGAGCACUGGGAGCUCUGGCCCGCGCAUCGAACCUGACCCGGGCGAGCGCGACCGGCCGAAGAGCUACAUGAGCACGGACCCCGAGUGGGAGGAGGCGCUUGAUGCGAACCGGGCGGCGACGCUGGAAGAGACGUUGUCGAAGCUGGAAGAGGGCGACGGUGCUGGUGACGGUGCGGAGUCGCGGACGACGGCGGGCGACGGAGCAGGGUAGAGAAUGAGUGUACGCAUCCGUGCUUACUGAAGAUCUGCGCCCCUCCUUCGACAUUCUUUAUUCCAGCGCCCCGGACUCUACUUGGAUAUAACGCGUUGUCUUUGCUUGUUUGUUGUAGGAAUCAGUCAUUGACAACCGGCAUUCUGUAUUUAGCUUUCGCAGUUGAUGCUGUGAACCGUUUUCCCGUGUAUCAACAAGUCGAAUCGGAUCCGUACUGCAUCGUGCUGGGCUACCCUGGGCGUGUGCCGCGGGCUUUUUGUUCAAUACGGUCCAAUGUUCGCGCCUUCAAUGAAGUUGGUCACGCGUGCGUCGUUCAAAUGUGUCGUAACAGUCAUUGGCCUUUCUCCGUAUAAUACCGUACUUAUCAUCUUCGCCUGUCG